AUGCGUUGUAUCUACUACUUUGGUUUCUUUUUCAUAACAAUUUUCUUUUUUCUAUUUGUUUAUGUGGUGUCUUUCUUUUUUAAAUUCUUUUUCUUUCUGAAUUCUCUUCUUUUUCUCUAUUGCAUUAUGGCUUUUGUUCUUCCGUUUCUUUCUUAUCCUUCUUUUUUUUUUCUCUCUCUCUCAUUUCUUUGUUGGUUUCAGUGUUGGAUUCUUACUAUUUGUCGUUUCUCAGAUUCAUUCUAUCAUGAGUUGUUCCUCUUUGAGUUUUCUUCGUUUCCUUUGUCUUUUCCUCUUGGCAUUCUACCGUUAAUUCUACCGAUUUAUUUAUUCUACCUUGCUUACUCACUAUUUGUCUUUUCCCCCCUUUCACUCUGCCUUGAAUCCUGUCUAUUUCGCUUUUAUUCAAUUAAUUCUUCAUUGCAUUCUUCUUAUCUUUUUCCGUUUGAUUUCUUUUACAUUGAUUUCUUUGUUUAUAUCGUUUCUUCGUUUUCUUUGAAUUCUUUUUUUUUUUAUUUGAUGUCGGAUUUACCGUCUUUUUUUCGUUUCUUUGAUUUUUCCCACCUUUUUAUUCGUUUUCUCCAACUUUGUCUUCUAUUAUUUUGUCCUUUUUUUUUUCAUUCUUUCUCUUCUUCUCUCAUUUUACUAUCCAUUAACUUUAAUGUUUUAUUUUACAUUUCUUCUCCCUUGCAUUCGUCAUUUUCGUUUGUUUUUUCUUUUUUCGCACUUUCUCAUUAUUAUUCUCCAUUGCUUUUCUCCUUGUUCUUCUAUGUUGCAUUCUUUCUCUACGUCAUCGACUUUUUGCUCUUCUUUGAAAUAUUUUCGUUCUUUUUUUCUUAA